AUGUCGAUAUCAAGGCUUCUUUCGAAAUCUUCAAUCCGUGCUGCGUCAACCUUAGCCCAGACGACCAAAGCAGCGGGAGACAUUUCGUCUGUCUUCCCGAGUCUACGACCAGACUACAAGCCAGAGCCUCUUCCAUCGCGAUUCCGCGACCUCAAACUGAAAUACUUCAGAGGGAAUGAAGAGGUGAUCACGAAAAGCUGGGAGAGGCUCUUACCUAGUCUGCAGGAGGAAGUGGACAAGAUCAAGUCCAAAGGCAGCGAUAUAAUUCCUUCCAUAAAUUACUCUGAUGUGUUAGCCGGAAACGUUCCUGACUCUACCAUCAAAGAGAUCCACCAUCGAGGGAGUGUGGUGAUUCGAAACGUGUUGCCUCGGGACACAGCUUUGGGUUACAAGCAGCGUAUUCGAGAAUACAUUGCCGCUAACAAGGAGCACGUCAAGGCCUUCCCACCCGACUCCCCUGCGGUGUAUGAGCUCUAUUGGAGCCCGUCCCAAGCAGAAGCCCGUGCGCACAGCAAUGUUCUCGAUGCGCAACGUUUCCUGCAGCGCUUAUGGCAUUCGUCCGACCCGAACGCGCAAGUGUCCACGCAAAAUCCGCUCACAUAUGCCGAUCGACUGCGAAUCAGGAAUCCCGGCGAUGCCAAAUUCACUCUCGGCCCGCAUGUGGAUGGCGGGUCGCUUGAGCGAUGGGAAGACCCGGAGUACGCAAGUGUUUAUACCAAGAUCUUGCAAGGCCAGUGGGAGCAGUACGACCCUUGGGAUGUGACGCAUCGCCUCGGAGCUAAGAUGGACCUGUACAACGGAGCCGGUGCAUGCUCCAUGCUGCGGUUCUUUCAGGGUUGGCUCUCCAUGUCGGAUACUGCUCCCGGGGAAGGGUCGCUUCACGUGUGCCCCAUGGUCGUGCACAGCACUGCAUACACCAUCCUCCGUCCAUUCUUUGAGGUCGAAACUGGCAAGCCUAAUCUCGAUGCCACCUUCCCGGGUUCCGUUCCCGGUGCGUGCCAGGAGUACAACCCCGUGACACAUCCCCACCUGGAGCUGGAGGACACAAUGGUUUCGGUGCCACAGGUGGAGCCCGGCGAUUUUGUUGCAUGGCACUGCGACUCAUUGCACUCGGUCGACAGGGAACACCGUGGUGCCGGAGAUUCGAGUGUCCUCUACAUCCCCGCUACACCGCUGUGCGAGAUGAAUGUUGAUUAUCUCCUCAAGCAGCGCAAGGCAGCACUUGACUAUUCCCCGCCUUGGGAUUUCCCCGGUGCCGGUGGCCCUGGAGAAAAGGGCUUCCACGGUGCCCUUGACUGGAGUUCGCUAAAUGUUGAAGGACAGCGGGCAAUGGGACUGGGCAGCCAACCCUGGGAAAUCAACGAGGCCAUGACAGAAGGCGAAAAGAAGGCUGUUCGGUCAGCUAAUAAGGUUUGCUUUGGAGUCUAA